UGUGCCGCGGGUAGACCUCAAUUACGCGAUCGCGAUCGCCGUAUCUCGCGACUGGUAACCGGCCGUUUGAGUUUGCUUUAUUUUUAGGUAGUAAUUAAAGUGCAGGAUAACUGUGGUGUCUAUUUUUGGUGAAAAUUCGUUCAAAUCAAUAUUUUAAAUGAACAGAAGAUAUACAAUUGUAUAGUUCGAUCUUAGUGAGAAAAUGUAAUAAAAUGUGAUAGUAGAAGAUAGGUGAAUGGCAAACUAGCUAUGAAGUGGCUUUAACUACAUCAAAACAGUGCGGUGACAGUGCGCUGCUUACAAAUUGAUUACGCUUUCCUCUGUUCGCACACGUAGUGACAUUCAGCAAGCGGUUUUCCAACGCUCGGAUGUUUUUCAUCUCGUGGCUAUUACCGUUUCUGCUCUGUAUUGCUGGCGAUUCCAGUUACCGUCAUCGCAGUCCGGUGCUGAAAAAAGUCCGGCAACGCAUGGAAGAACAGUAAAGUGAUUUUUGCCAGUAAGCGCACGGAAAAUAGAAGAAUCGAAACCGUUGAAACACGAGCCUGGAAUUGCUUAUAAUUCAUCAUAACUGCUUGUGCCUGUGGAAGUUUUUUUUAUCAAACAUGGUGUGGAGUUAUCUAACAUAUAAAUGAAUAAAGCGCAGACGUGGGCCAGAUUUUCAGAUUAAUCUAUUUAGUACGUGCAAAUUCCCAGUAGAAACUUCGAAUAGACUAUACCAAGUCACUGACAGUUCGUCGCUGUGUUCGCGUUUAAGUCUCUUGUUUGUCGCUUUUUUGUUGGCGUACAUUAUACACAUUGAGAGGAAAAGAAAACGCAGAAAAUAUUUAACGCUACCGCGCGUUAUCAGUUCGUGGCACUCAAGAGGAUACUAUACAAUUGCGAACAUAAACAGCCGCUAAGCAAAGAACGUUCUUCGCAGAUGAGCAGCAACGCUGUUCGUUUCCAGGUCACUCGCAAAAACUCCCCCAGCUCAUCGACCCAGUGACAUUCGUAUUGGCACUCUGACUCGCUGCCAGCAAUAAUUAACCUGUCCAUAACAUUGCAAUUGGGAGCAACACAUGCUGGCAUUGUUUUUGCGAGUAACUACUUCACAUGAAGGCCAGUUUGUCUGACUUUCAAUGAGAUGCAGAAAAAAGCUCAACACAACAAACAGCAGCAAUCUUCGCUUCCACACUGCACUCUACGUCAUCAUCAUCAUCAUCAUCAUCGGGGAGAAAAACCAAUAAAAACAAAUGAGAGCAGAACAUCUCUUGGAUCGCCGAGCGGGGUAUCGACGCGCGGUGCUGGCUAUUUCGUGAACCGUUAAAAUUGCGAUCCAAUUUGGUUUUCCAGCUCAUUUAUUUGUUAUUUUGUUCAAGCCAAGCCUCCUCGCUGCUAGAUGUAAUCCAUCGAUUACCGCGAUAGUAAUUCAAAAUCAAUCCUCGCAAUGGAGCAGCGGAUUGAGUGUGCUUCGAUUUUCGCGCGUUCCCCAGUGUAACCUGGUUGGGCGCCUUCGGAAGUGGCGAUGUUUGCCACUGGUUCCCACCGGGGGUGGGUUUUACGCGUCGCCAGUCUGUUGGAAAAUGUUCCCAUUUUUUAUUGUACCGAAAAGUGAUCGGGCGAAAGACGACAAUGCCUACGGGUGACGAACCUAUCUCAAGUGUAUCAAAACGCCCUAGUGAAGUGCAACGGGCUUUCCAUUUACUUUAAACGAAGCAAACACAGAGAAAAAAUUAGCAACACCAUGGUGACCUACAAUAUGGACAGCCACCACCAUUUGCAUCACCAGCCGCGAAUGAACCGGCCGGCGCGGCGCGGUUCCAGCGUUUCGUCCGGUUUCCGACUGCUCAACGCUGACCAGCUGGACUCGAUCUCCAGUGUGAGUCGCAAUUCAAUCUAUAAGCUGCGUAUCGAUUCGAUGUUUGACGACACCAGAUCGAUAAUCAGCCAACGAAUCGAUGACCGUAGCUUGCUGAACCUUGGAGUAACCACCGCCGGAGGUCGUCGUCGGUCCUCCUCGAUGCACGGUCCCGGCUCGAUCGCGAGCGGUGCCGGUAGAUCCGGAGCUGGAUCGAAGGCGCUCAUUAAUGAUCGCGACAAUUUAGACAUCAGCGGGCUGGCAAACAAUCUGCGUGAUCUGCAUAGUGGCAGCAGUGGCACUAGCCAUGGCAGCCACCGCGAGACCAGCAACUGUGUCCAGGCCCAGAUCGAGAAGAUGUUCCACGAAGUUGCCAAGGAGGAAGGAAGCGACGGCAGCAUAUCGGCUACGGCCGCUUCGACGGCGGCCCCUAUCAAUGGGCAGAUCUUUUCGGUGCGGUGUCUUGGAUCGCUGCCACUGAAAGACAAAGUCACCAGCCUGGUGGGCCUGCAGGAGCCACUGUGGCAGCUCUAUCUUAGUGGUGCCGGACAUGGGAACCAAAAUGCCGGCACAUUGGAUAUCAGCACUAUAGGAAUGCGCGUGAAAGCGGCCAAUGGACGAGAACCAAUGAUAACGCCCUUCCAGAAUAUCGCCGUUUGGUCUGCUGUAAAGUUUGUCGUUUCUUCCUCUGAAGGUGGAGCCGCCUUCCUACCGUUGAUUACAGAUCCGGAAAACAUUGACAAGCGGGCGCUGUUCCGGCCAAUAAGUAGCGCCGCGGAUAAGCGAAGACUGUCAUCCGGGCUUCAUUCGCCACUGUUUGCGAUCGUUAUGCGCUCAAGCGCGAUGCCACGACAGCUCGAGUGCCACGGGUUCGUUUGUCAAACUCCCGAAGAUGCGAUCGUCAUUGCAGCAACUCUCUAUCAGAGCCUGAUGGCUCACAUGAGCACUGGGGAGAAUCCACGCUCUCGGCGACCCAAGAAUCGCAAUGGAGUUAGCUGUAUGAGUAUUGCCAGUAGUGUGACAACCACCAAUUUGUAUCUUCCUCCGGGAUCUACUAAAGCUUCGACGCGACGAUCCAGUGCCAGUCAGCGAAGUAUGCUUCCUCCGCCACCGAGACCACCGAGGAAGACGAAGCGCACUGCUACCAGCUCGCUAAGUGGCGAAAGUGACACAAUGACCGGUGCCAACGAGGAAACUUCGACCGAAGAACGUAAAAAACGAUCCCCUAAGGGAAAACGGCCGCCACCUCUUCCAGCGAAUCCACCUAGAGCAUUAACUCGCCCAUCGCUAGAUGAAAUCUACACUGACCGCAGUCAUUCGAACGAUGACAAUCCAACUCUAUCGAAAGGUGGCGGUGAAGGUAAUUAUCCGGCCCUUUCCGAGUGCUCCGGCGGAGACAUACUGACGCGGGUUGCCAUACCCCGUUCCGGUAGCUUCCUGAAUACGGCCGGCCUAACACGGUACAAAUCGCGCGCGACAAGACGGCAUACUGGCAAAGUCGGCGGUGGUGGGGGAUCGCCGCUGGGAUUCAGCGAACUGUUCAACGAGUUUAGACUGCAGGAGAACCUGCACUCGCUGGACGAUAUCCUCAAUGCCAUAAUCAACUCGGACGGAAUGUCGUUCAACGACCUCAAGCCGAUCUACAAGGAAUUUUUGCUCAAGCUAGCCGUCACACUGACCAAGGACGAACUGUACCAGCGCUCCAAGAGCAUCAUGAGACGCCAGAAGAAGAAAAAGUUGAAGCGAAAGAACAGUAACGCACAGAACUCACGGCGCAAACUGUUAUUCGGUGCCAAGGGACUGAAGAAGGUCUUUCGGUUUGGGAAGUUUCGGAACAAGAAAACGAUCGCCCGGACCAACGGAUCUUCCGGCGGGGAGUACAAUGGAAGCUUCAUCGACGAUGACGGAUCGCUACAGCCCGGUGAUGGGCGACCCACCAAGCAACAGCUGGCCGCAGCUGAGCAACUCUCCUUGGAUCUUAAAACGGCCGAUAAGAAGGAUCGAUCAAGAAUUGGAACUAGUGGUUCAGAGGUUUCAGAAGCUCGACAUGAACACACGCUAACGGCGCACCACAAUCGGAAUAGCUCAAGCGGAUAUGUGUCUUGUUCGGAAUGCAGCUACGACUCGGAUGCCUGUACCUGUACAUCCGCAGAUCGCUGCUAUUGCAGCCUAGGAGGAGACGACAUAAACGCCAAGCUCAAUGAGGCAAGCAACAGGAACUCACUUCCUAGCUGUAAGAGCGACGAUAAAUGUUACUGCUCUAUGGGAGAAACACAGGAAGAAGGUUCGACUACUUGGUGCGACACGGAUAGCUGCGUUAGCAAUGAAAAGUGUUACUGUGCUCCGAGAAAUGACGAUAUACAAAAGUGUGCCAGUAAACCGUCUACAGGGAAAAAUGCUGCUGAGAAACUGGCGUUAGACUACGAACUCUUCACAGUAGGAGGUGAUGCACGUCCUAUCGAUGCAUCGGAAGCUCUUAGCGUUAAGAAGACAGUAGAGGUAGCGGCCGUCUUUGCCGACGUUCAGCUAAGCCAGACGACAGACAUUACGGACCUGAAGAAUGAUCAACGACAACAAGCAACUCAACAGCAACAACAACCACAGAAACAUCAGCAACAGCCAUCACAGUCCCAGCACCAGCACCGAUCACAAGAGUCAUCUAUCAAAAAGCAUUCGUCCAAGGGAGACCACCAUGGUCACAAUCAUCACCACACCCACAACAGCAACAACAACAACCAUAGACGACAUGGAGAAGGUAGCAAACAUGGUAACAAACCCAUCCACAAACUACUGAAUAAAAAGGCCCUAGCGGAACCGACUACAAUCAACGAGUAUCAUUAUGUACAAUCGUCACAAAAUGACGUGGCCACGCGAAAGCAACUCGGUGACAAGAAGCCUUCGAAACGUUCGUCGAAAUCCGAAAACUACUAUCAAGCAAUGGGACAGCGCGCUGCUGUAGGUGCUGCAUUAGGUUUAGAAGAUUCCCUCGGUUAUCUACCGUAGAACAAGAAUGUAUCAGAUACUUUAACAACAGUGUAGUAGUUGUACUUGUUUUUAAAUUGCGCCCGAGCUCACGCUACUUUACUUUUUCCUGACAGUAAACCGGCAAUAUUCGGAGGCGUUUGUGCGAUUGGAUUAGAUGCAAUUGGGCAGCUAAUUGUUUGGGAAAGUUUAAUCGACACGCAACCUCGCAGUUUACUCUCAGUGAAGAAGCUUACUUGCUAGGUUAGAUGUAAAUUCUUCUCGAUCACAUUAACAGAAGCAUUUAUUUUUCUAUUUUUUUUUUGCUAUGAUGUUAAUAAUGAAGAUGAAAAUUGGUGGUAGAGCGAAGCUUGUACAUUUAAGUGGAUUUAUGUUUGUAACACAUAAACGGAGCGUGCACAAGAAACGCCACAUAACCUUAGACUUCGAAUCCGUCUACAACAGCAAUCUGAUUUUAACAAGUGCAAUAAAUUAGUGAGUUUUUUAAGAGAUGACCAUUACAUGAUAAAUAUGCUGUUGAGGAGCGCUAGAACUGGGGAAAAAGAUUUCUGUUUAGCUGUUAGUAAUAAAAGUUAGAAUUAGGGUGAUGCAAAUGGCUCAAAUGCCUAGACAUGCUUUCCGUUAUACGUACACAAGAAAAACAAAUCUGGAAUAAAUAGCAAUUUCAUAGACAAAAUCAUUUUCAGUCGAUAGUGGAAAUAUUCGCCCACACUAUGACGCGUUUUUAUUUACGCUAUGAUUUUAAUUGUAUAAAUAAUACUCAAAUCAAGGAAAUGUUAAAAUGUAACUUAGCUCAUCAAUUAGCAUUUUGGCAUCUGCUAAUUGAAAUACGAGGUUGUUACAUACACUGACGAUAGAUUUUUUAUAAAGUGCAAUAUACAAUUCAUAAGCACAACACAUAUCAUCUUUUAAAUACAGGCUAAACAUUUAAAAAAAAAUCUACACAAAACAGUAAAUUACAAAAAAACAAAAUCUGCUACAUACUAUUACUUUAGUCUUUGAGUUUACCUUCGCCCCACUCUGCAAUUUAUAAUUUCAAACGAGCUGCAAUGAGGUGAUCCUCAUUCAAAAGGUGCAAUAAACUUCCUGCAAUACGAAAGCAACGAAUGUGCAAUCAAUAAUCAAACCUUAAUAUAUAAGCCUUCGACAAACUACUGUUAUAAAAUGUAAUAAAGUGAAUACAGAAAUGUUAUUAAAACAA